AUGGCCCGUACCAAGCAGACCGCUCGCAAAUCAACUGGAGGAAAAGCACCGCGCAAGCAGCUGGCGACAAAGGCGGCUCGUAAGAGUGCGCCUGCAACCGGCGGCGUCAAGAAGCCGCAUCGUUAUCGUCCUGGCACGGUAGCGUUGCGUGAAAUUCGUCGCUACCAGAAGAGCACCGAGUUGUUGAUCCGCAAACUGCCCUUCCAGCGUCUGGUGCGUGAAAUUGCGCAGGAUUUCAAGACCGACCUGCGUUUCCAAAGCUCCGCGGUGAUGGCACUGCAGGAGGCAAGCGAAGCGUACCUGGUGGGGCUCUUCGAAGACACCAACUUGUGUGCCAUUCACGCCAAGCGAGUGACAAUUAUGCCCAAGGACAUCCAGCUGGCCCGUCGCAUUCGAGGCGAACGUGCAUAA